GUGAAGGCGAUCCGGAUCUCGGGUCCCGAGGCAAGGGCUGGCGCCGCUCUGCAUCUAUCUCUAGCCGAGCACUCCCCAGAACAUGUACCGCUAGCUUCUGGGAAGUACCUCAAGCUUCCUCAUGUCCUGGAGAGGGAGUGUGAGCGACUCGUGAGAGUUCAGAAACCCAUACGAGCCUACGGAGAG